AGUAGAUGUGAACUAAACCAGAACUGUUGGAAAUUGCAGGUUCUGGUGUCAGUACUGAUAUCUGGACAACCUAUGCUGCAAUGAUUAUGAUUGUAUCCGUCAUCCCAUUUCUUAUUGUGCAAUUACCGCAGCUCCUUGAUUCCACCUCUGCUAGACGCCUUGCAGUUCUGAUUUCACUCAUUGUCUAUGUCGCGCUUUUGCUUUCCUAUUGCCUUUAUCAGGUGUUUCAGCCUUGGAUCCAGAGGAGGAAAAUUGCUUAUGCAAAGCACAAGCAUGUUAUAUCAGGAGUCUUACAACAUCUGAAGAAGCAUGCAUUGGGAAAGCUUCUUAAUGAUGAGGGUGAACCUGAUGAAGAAACUAUCAAAUCGUUGUUUGAUACAAUUGAUGCGGAUAAGAAUGAGUUUCUUUCAGCUUCCGAAUUAAAAGCACUAAUUGUAGGAAUCCGGUUUGAUGAAAUACAGUUUGAUAACAAUGAUGCUGUAGCUAAACUGAUGAGUGAUUUUGACACUUCUCAUGAUUCCCAAAUCAGUUUUACUGAGUUCUAUGCUGGUAUCUCAAAAUGGCUCAAUGAGGCAAAGCGUCACGGAGAUACCAGUACUGACUCUGGUAAUCAUACAAUGAAGUUUUUAACAGACUUUCACAAGCAAACAAAAGAAGAGCACGCUCUUUUGGGGGCGAAUGGCCAAAGUGAUGAGGUUGUCGAGGGUGUUGAGAGUGUUAAGUGGACCUCCAUCAAAGCAGGAUUAAUGUUGUUGGUAGGAACUGUGAUUGCAGCUGCAUUUGCAGAUCCCUUGGUAGAUGCUGUUGAUGAUUUCUCCGAUGCCACAAGCAUUCCAACUUUCUUCAUCUCAUUCAUUGCACUACCUCUGGCUACUAAUUCUAGUGAGGCUGUAUCUGCUAUUAUCUUUGCCAGCGGCAAAAAGAUGAGGACUGCCUCGUUAACAUUUUCUGAGUUGUACGGUGCAGUAACCAUGAAUAACCUGCUCUGCCUAGCAGUAUUUUUGGCUCUGGUUUACAUUAGAGGAUUAACGUGGGACUUCUCAGCCGAAGUCCUGGUGAUUCUCAUCGUUUGCAUUGUAAUGGGUCUUCUAGGUAGUUUCCGCACUGUCUUCCCUCUUUGGACGUCUUCAAUUGCUUUCCUACUCUACCCAUUCUCCCUGGCACUGGUUUACGUCCUUGACUAUUUUGGAUUUGGUACUUGUUGCAGUGUUAGUUGUAUGUACCUGUUCCACGGUAGGUUAUAGUAAGAUGUAUCAUUA